AAAACCAAGACCUGAGCAACUGAAUUUACGGCCCCCAACGGCCCCCAACUUAGUUAGAAUCGGGAAGCCCGAGCGGCGGGAAUCCCAGGAGUGGUAUCUCUUCCAUACCUAGUUAGGGAGGACUGCGGGUUACCCCAACGCCCCGUGACCCGGUACCUUUCCUACAACUUCAGCGAAGGCCAUGUAAGUCCGCAGACGGUGGACGGUGGACGCGAAUUCGCGAUAUUUCUCGGUAUUACCCACACUGCUUGGGACACGCGUGGCAAUGUGGGGGCCAAGGCGGUUUAAAAUUAGAAUGCUUGACGAUCUCCUGGGCACCUCCCUGAGGUAGGGAGGUAAGGUAUUAUUUGGCACCAACACGGCAACACCUCACUGCUCACAACUACAGAACCGAGAGCCAAAAACAUGCAACUCACAGUCGCCCCCGAAAGCUCCGCUGCCCUGACGGCAGACGGGACGAUCCGAUGUCUCCUCAGCAUGCGGUACCCGCUCCCGUCCCGACACUCGUCGGACGCGAUCGCCUUCGCCCGCCAAUCGACCGAGGAGCUUGCCCGCGCCAUCCCCGCACAACUCGGACCCCCUCCAGUGCCUUCACCCGCCAUAGCUACAGACGGAGGCGCCACAUCAACCGACAGUGUUACCAGCUACACGGCCGACGUGCAGCUCCACGGCGUCCUGCUUGACCGCAACCGCCUCCUGGUCUGCUUCGACCUCUUUCUCCACGACUGCAAGCCCGAGGUCCGUCGGCAGGUAGACGAGAGCCUGGCACGGCCAAUCCAUGCCGUUGUUAUCCAUGAAUCGGGAGACGGGUAUCGGAUCAGUGGAAACCCGGCGCUGGACGCGCGGGUUGCCCAGAGAUACGCGGAAAUGCGGGAGGAUGACUGGGGCCCCCGGCCCUACUUCAACGACAGCUCGAAGCCGUCCCUCUAUAUUAACGGGAUCCGCUUCGAGGGCAGCUUGGAGGAAUAUGAGGCAGCGGUGAUGAAUCCCGAUGAGGCGUGGGACGACGGGGAGGAAUGGGAGGCGGAGGGGAUUUGUGGCCAUAGAACGGCGCAAGACGGUAUCCUAGAAGUGCGGAUGAAGUGGAAAAGUGGUAGGGAGACAUGGGAGCGUUACACGGAUGUCGCCCAGAACGAGACGGAGGCGCUAGAAGAGUAUGAGCGUCUUCAUGGACGGGUCACGGCAGAUAAUGUCUGAGAGUUGGGUGAGGAUUCCCGUGGCUCGCUUGUCAGUCUACCUAGGUACCUAGGUAAGGUACAUAAGGACGAUUCGCCGCCGCCCGACACUUCACCGUGUAAUCCACAAGCCAGCCAUCCACCUCCACCGCCGCCGCUACAGCGCGCUUCGAGGGACCCGCCACCCCCAACACCAUCGACGAGAAUCGCUGGUCUAGCGAAAACGCCACAUGGCUGCUUGUCUCGAUCAGGGGCUCAUCGCGCGAACAACCAAAAAAGACGGCUCAAGUCUAGACGUGACUGGAGCAAAGACCUUCCCAAGUCGCGGACUUGCAGCGCAUGCACCAGGGUUUGGAGGAUGCUAAGCCGGGGCAGGUGAGAUGUUAUAUGUCCAGUCCUGCUGGACGGUUGGCAAAGUGUUGCGCCGUAGAAAUACCUAUAUAUAUUCUCGCGCC